AAAUUCUACUAAGCUGCUCGCAGCAGCGAAAUCACGUUUCCCGUUUUCAUUCAUCGACUCCUGCUCAACGUUUUUUUUUUUUUUUCGCGCGAAUAAACACCGAGUCGAGGUGACUCGCUGCCCGAUUACUGCCAGCUGGGACUCGUCAUCGUUGAAUUUUUGGCACGAGGUGGUGGACGAAGCUUUUCGCGUGGUAGCUCGUCAUUGGUGUCGCGAUGAAAGCGCGAUCUCGCGCGCGGACGUAACCUCACUCGGAGGCAGUUUGUAUAUAUCGCGGCCAGUAUUUAUUUUCCCGAGGAGAGCGGAAGCCGGAGCAAGCACGUCUCGUCUCGGGAUUCGUCGACUGAAAGUGCUGCGGAAAUAUAACCGACCUGGAGGAAGGACAAAGUAACGUUUCAAGUAUGAAAUAAACGUGCGGCGCACUUGUUUUGAAGAGUAAUAAUUUCGUUUAUUUACAACAUUUAUACGUAGUUUUGUGGCCGUAGUUCUGCUCUGCCGAGAAAAUGUCGCGAACAUUUGUCAAACGUUUCUCCGACCUCCUGAAGAAUCGCCAGGGGAAGGAGGCUAUGGAACUCUUCAUGAUGGAGGACAGCGAAAUCAUCUCCAACAAUCUGAGCGAUGUGAUGCCUCUCGCUGCCCAGUAUCUCACAGAGUCUAACUUGCAGCGUGACCAGGAACACUUUCUGUGCUGUAAAACUAUAGUGAACACCGCAGCAAGGAUGUACAAUCCGAUGGAGACGGUGCUGGAGGUUUUGGAGGAGAUAGAACACGUACGCUUACACGUAGAGAGUCAUGUGAAAUUCUUCGCCAUGCUAGAGCCGUUGGGUAUAUGCCUGACAAGGAUGAUAAAUAAGGGGAAGAACAUCUAUUGGUGCCUCGAACCACUCAGAAUGUACAUUCAGAGCUUACACACCUGGACCCCUGAUGAUGAAGAAGCAACUGAAGACGGAACCAUGAACGUGUACAGGGAAGUAUUAUUAUUCUUGACACCGUUGGUAGACAAGGCGGUCGAAGUCAAUUCGAAACGUGAGGAUGGAUCUCUGCUCGGGGACUCUCUUCUGAGUUUCCUCAUUUUUCUACAUGGAAGGCUCUCCAUGACAAGUAGGGUCACCGUUGAAAAAGAACUGUUGGAGAAGAUGAUGCCGCUAACACUCUGUCUCACUGGAGAUCCGUUGUAUUUUCUGGACGUCGUCGGUCGACGUUACAGAAACGUCUGCAACAGAUCGCGAGACGUCGAUUUGCGCAGAACUGUGAACGAGAAGCGUAACAUAUUGUUUGAGUCAAAGCGCAAUAUUUCGGAUCUGGCCUACGCUAAUUUCUACUUUAACCUGAUAACCAAAGAGCAGUAUUGGAGAUACGUACCGCAGGUUUAUAAUCUCUCUUACAUACUUGAAAAAUGCACGUAUCUGUUCCAUACCUUCCUCCAAGUGAGACGCGAGGUCUUCGGCUGGAAAGGAUUGAUUUUCAUGGAGAACGUGAUACAGCGAGUUCCUCGUCGCUCCGUAAGCUCCGAGAUGUUGGAGCUGACAAUAUACUUAGACAUUUUCAAGCCAAUUAUCAGUAUAAUGAUUCUCUCUGACAAUAGCGAUGCGAGGAAGAAGGCGUUGGAUGUUUUCCGCGGGUAUAUCGAACUCUUUAACAUGGAAGCUAGAUACUCCGUCCUCUCAUACUUGUACGAGAUCGCCGAGCACUCCGGUCUACUGAGCCUGGUCACGGGCAUAUUUAAAUCCUCGAUCACCGAAUGCCUCGAUUCCGCUCCGCGGAAUCACCGGUUCCUCGGAAAGAACAUGGAGGUGCUGCUGAAGAAAGUUUGCAACUUGCCACACGGAAGCUCGUCGGACGUGGUGGAGAUAUCGGACGAGAUUAUCACCGCACUGAAUUUGCUGAGAUACUUGUUUAUUAAAGAUGAGGACAACGAGACGGGUAUCUGGAGCAUCGUGGACGCGAUAGAAAAUGAUUAUCUGAAACCUUUGAAGGAGGGUAUACACAUGAGUAAAGGGUAUUGGAGGGUGAAGAUAAAGGACUUGGAGCAUCAGAAGAAGCGUUACAAUCAGAAAACCGAUUACGAGGAGAUGAAGAGAGAGGACGCGAAGGUCACGUUGACCGUCGGUGGUGAACAAUUACCAGUCAUGCCACUUGCAGACAAGAUCUCCUUUUGCCAUCGAGCAUUAAAUGGUCUGGAUGUAAUGGAGAGCAUUCUUAUCCGAGUUGACGAAUGCAUAAGUACUGGCAAAGCGUUACGUUAGCGAGACUCUCGAAAUUCAGUAAAUACGUUGUUCGCAGAGAAAUAAAAUCAAUGGCAAACAUGGUUAAUGAUAAUUAUACAUUUAUGUUAUACAUGGUUUUAGACGUUUAUGGACUUCUAGGGCUUUGCUGGCCGAACAGUUUGAAAAUGAUAGUAACAAGAAAACCGAAUCGCACCAAUCAGUUCAUGAGGAGAACGAUGAGGAAUAUGAGAAAAA